AUGAAAUUCAAAGAGCAAAUCGACAUAAAAGCUUGUUAUGGAGGCGCAGAAGCAAGUUAUCUGGAUCAUUGUCUGGUGAUGGAGGAAAUUAGCCGUGCUAGCCCAGGGAUAGGACUAAGUUAUGUGGCAGAGGAAAAAAAUAUCACCAACAUUUCUUCUCCCAAUCGUAUUUUAGAUGAAAAUGCCAACGACAUUGAAAUUCUCCAAUGGAAUAUAAGUGGGAUGAAGAACAACCUCCCUGAGCUUCAAAUAUUAAUUCAGAAACCCUCUAAAAUAACAUAUAAUAAAACUAUAACAAUAUGCAAUGGGUACAUAAACCCAAAAUCAUUGAUGAAAUCUAAGGAAAUAAAUCAAAUAGUCGAACAGAUCCCUAAACCUUUCCUCUUUUUGGGUGAUUUCAAUGAGCACAAACACACAAACUCAUCUUCCAUAAUUGACCUGUACCUUGUCAACUCCAUCCCUCUUUGA